AGGAAAGGUCCUCUUCAAUUGUUCUCUGGGCACGGUCACAAGAAAGUAAUGGGUCAAGGAAAUUCUGUCACUCCUCUGAGCUUGAUAUUUUAAGGCAUCGACUGGGCUGACGCCAGGAACCUGUUUCACUCGAGAUGGAGAUGGCUGAUAAAUUCAGACGCCCCGGAGAGACCAAGCAGCAGGCCGCCGCCCGCUUCCAGAGGGAUCUCCGGCGAGAACUGUUACCUCAGCAACGGGAACUACGACGGGAGUCCAACCGCAAGGAGUUCACAAGCCUCCUGAACCUCCUGACGGACCCUGAGCGAGCUCUAGAUGACACGGACCAUCUUGAGUGGCUUCGGCUUCUCAUCUCCGGUGGGAAGCCAUUUGACGACUACGCCAAUGAUGUCAGGGAGUUUGACGAUGCCACCGCGUGUGGGUUGGUGUGGACUGCCAACUUUGUGGCGUAUCGGUGCAGGACAUGCGGGAUCACGCCGUGCAUGUCAAUUUGCGCUGACUGCUUUCACGGCGGCAAUCAUGAGGGACACGACUUCAAUAUGUUCAGGAGUCUGGCAGGAGGAGCUUGCGACUGUGGUGAUACAAGCGUCAUGAAGGCAGAAGGGUUUUGCAAUCGCCACGGUGAAGAUCACCCGCAGAGGAAGGAAGUCCCGCCCACUCUUCUUCUCAUGGCACGGGAGAUCAUCCCCGCUCUGCUGGCAAGACUACUUCUUCACAUGAGGCUCAACUAUACACGAGUACCAAACCGGUAUAUGAGAUCAUCGGGAGACGUCUUUAUUUCGGCCAUGAGAGAAGCCGACGCCUUCCUGGACCUCCUGCACGACCUUUGCAAAAUGGGCGGGGCCAUGAGGCACGUACUCACCGAGACCCUCAUGGACAGGGACUUCUAUGCAAAGAUUCUCAAAGAUAUAAGCAGUAAUCCUGGUUCGAAGAUGCACGGGAGUGACGAUCUGUACAAGCACGCCCUCAACGCACUGCCUUCACCUGACCAACACGUUGUCAUUGGUGCCACCACAUACCCUGGUAUGACCAAGGACCUGAACCACCUGACCCUGCUUGAAGAAUUCAUAUUCUGGACAGUGAUCUAUCGCUUCCCUCAGAAGAUGGUGACCUUCCUACUAAAUAUGCUGCCUGAUAAUGACUAUAAGGAACUCUUCACGACGACGUUUGUCCAGCAUUACGGGUGCAUCGCGAUGUUCCUGGCGGAGGAGAGGGCCCCCAACCUCCUGGCCAAUCGGGUCGUCCACAUCAGCGUGCAGCUCUUCAGCAACGAGGACCUGGCGUUGCGCAUGGCCGAUGAGAUGCGCCUGCUGGAGAUCCUCAUCAAGUGCGCCCUCAACCAAGUCAUGAAGACAGCCAUGACGUGUCCCAUGACAGGUCAAGGAAGCAAGGUCCGAAACAGACACCAGGUUGUCAACUGUGACAAUAGGAUCCUGAAAGGACAGUGCUACUGGCCGAUUAUCAGCGAUCUGACCAAUAUCAUAUCGCAUCGGUCAGUUGCAGAGCGGUUCUUCAGCAGCCCUGAUCUGAUGGCUCUCUGGGCUCGGUUCCUGAGAUACUUCAUGUGUAUGAAUCUCAAUGUAAGAGAGUUGAGCCAACACGUAGAGUUUGAGUCCAACACCUACUCCACUGCUUUCUCGGCUGAAAUAGAGGCCUGUGCUGCCCCCAUGUGGCAGAUGACUGUCCAUUGCAAGGAUCUAAAUGCUUCAAACUUCACCUUUGGUAUGCUGCUGGCGUGCCUGAAGGAGCUCUGCCAUUGGCUGGCCGAUAGCAGACUACCGAGGGAGCUGCACCCUCUCCAGGUCUCCUUUCACUUGCCUCUCCUGCGAUACUUCUCCAACUUCCUCAGUCAGGCAAUCAAUCUGCAGGGCCUAGACUUUGAGAAGAUCAGACUGGAUAAGGGACUCUUGACAAGACUCAUGGUCUUCCCACUUCAGAUACAGGCCAAACUCAGCGAGAUAUUCAGUGGAAUGUGGGUUCGCAACGGUGUCCAGAUGAAAUGUCAGGCAAUGACUUAUCUUCAAUGUCACUUCUGUGCCUCGAUGGGGGAUCUAGAUCUCUACUUUCUUCAGGUGUGUGCAUCUCAAUUAGACCCAGACUACGUAGUGGAGACCAUUUUCAAGAGAUUCAAUGUAUUUGAGUGGCUUGUAGUGGACCCUAACAAGCCAGCCAGCUCUUUAGAACCAGACAAAGUCAUGUCCAUGUUAGAGGGCGCCCUUCAACAUAUUGCAAUGCUUGUCAGCAUAAGAACCCAUCUAGGUAUGUCCGAGGCUGAGCUGUUGAGGGAUGAGAUUGUGACAUUACUCUGCAUGCAAGACAGAACCCACAGUCAUCUGCAGGAUAAGAUCCCGGAGAAGACCGGGCUUGUUGGAUCAAAUGGGAAUUUUGAUGAUAUUCUCAAAGAGGUGGCAGACUACAAGGACCCCCAGACCGAGGUGGACGGCGUCCAGCAGGGUAAAUUCUCUCCCAAGCCGUCCAUCUGGCACACGGACUUUGAUCCUCUCAGAACGAUGCUACGGUCCAUGCAACGCAAGGACUUCCAGAGUGCCCUGGAUAGAUAUACUGAUCAACUGAAGCAGUCUGGACGAUAUCGGGGUACCACCCACCCCUGGCCUCCAUACCAGCCCCUCAAGCCAAUUAAACCAAUCUAUCAAGGAAUCAGGAAGCUCCUCCACUCAAAGACACUCCAUGCUGCCAUCUUCAACAUCCUUCAUAAAGCAAUCCAAGACAAGAAUAUAAGUGAUUCCGUUCUCUGUUUGUGCGUGGCAUUGCUCAACCUCGGACUCCAAUGUUCAGCAGAAUUUCAGGUUUCCGAUUCAACGCCACCCAAGAGUGCCACCACCCCUGGAGGCCCCAUAGGAUCUGAUCUUUCCUCCUGGUUUGAUUCGUCAUCGUUGAUCACCAACAUGACCAAGACCAUUGACAGCCUCACCAUCGUCUCUGAGAGCCAACAGGAGCAAUCCUCAAGCAAGGAAUCCAAUGGUGACUUAGUCUUUGAUCCAGACACCAUGUUGCAGCACAUGCUGAACCAAGAGCUUGCCACCAUCUUAGAAACUUGGGAUCAGUCGAGUGCGGCGGUCGGGGGAACGGAAACCCAAGACGUGGAGAUGGCCGAGAAUGAUACAGAAGACGAGGAAGUUGAGCAGGAGGACGCCGCUGGGCAAGACGACGAUGAUUACGAUGAUGAGGAUGAUGUGGCGUAUGUGCAUCAUUAUCUUGAAGAUAUGCUUGAUGAUGAUGAUGAUGAUGAUGAGCUUGUGGGAGCCAUAGGGGGUCCCGAUCUCGCCAUCGUUCACGAAGGAGGUCAAGGCGUAGAAAGUGCAAUAGUGUCGAUCAUCGACGAGGCCAUCGAGCAUCAUAUGGUGUAUCCUGGUGACGAUGAUGACGAUGAGGACAAAAAUGCCCCAGGAACCAGCGAAGGGAAAGCCGGCAAAGAGGCUGUGACCUGGCCGUCUACCAAGGAAGAAUCCUUCAGCAUGCCGAUAGGUGAAAGUCUCAUCUCGCUGCUCAUCAAACUACAUACCAAACAGACGGGAAGGGAGUCAUCGUAUGUUCCCAUCGGCAAGAGAACACCCGGGAUGGAACAAAAGGAUUGUUUUGGCAGUGGUCCUUACUACAUCCAGGACCUUCUGGACCGGUUCUGUUCCAUGGAUGAGGGCCAGAGCCAUGCUGUUGAGGCAUCGUGUUACAAGCAAGACCAGGAACAGGCUCAGAACCGAUCCAACUCUCCUGUAGAUUCAGCUGCAGAGAGGAGGAGAAAGGCAAGAGAAGCCCAGAAGCAGCUCGUCGCAAAGUUUGCUUCUCAGCAAAAGAGGUUCCUGGAACAGACUCUCGAAACACAAGAUGAUGAUGAGGGCAUGGAUCAGCAGGAAUCGGGUGAAAGUUCGACGGCAUCAGCGGCUGAUCCUAUCCCUGUGAAGGAAUACGAGUGUGUGAUAUGUGGGCAAACAAGCCCUUCAACGGCAGCUAAACCGAUUGGACUAGUGGUACUCAUGCAAGCAACUAAUGUACUAGGCCAGAGAUGUCUCAAAGAUCAGCGUAUCCCUCUACCCAUCGGAAGUGACCCAUCUCUAACAAACAUUGGUAGAUGCUGGAGGGAGGAGAUGCAGAGGCAAACCACACUCCUUGACGGCUUCGGGAAGGAGAGGUCUUGGGAAGCUGCUAGUACUGGCUGGGAGGGUGGGGUCCAUAUCCAGACGUGCGGACACUCCCUUCAUUUAGACUGUCAUCAGGCAUACCUCAAUUCACUCAGGGGUCACAACUACCAAGCGCACGAUCUGGACGUGCGCAGACGAGGAGAGUUUCAGUGCCCUCUAUGUCGGCAGCUGGCCAACUCUGUCUUGCCGUUCGUCCCUGUCAAACCAUCCAGGGUUUCUUCCCUAGAGAGGAAAAAGACGUCUCUGAACAGGGUCUCUCAUAUCCUCAGCGGGAAGACACCUAGGUCAGAUGCUAUGUUUUCAGUUGAGUUGAGUCCAGAGCAAAGUGGGGCCAUCCAGGCAUUCAUCAACGAUCUCUGGCGGGAGAACGAAUGCGAAGAACUUGACGACAUGAAGGCAAACCCCGAUGGUCUCUUCCCAAGAAUAUGCUCAAUAGCCAGAAUUAACCUUGAAUUGGAGAUUGUGUCUGCGGGUGGUAAUCUUCUCAACCAUUCAAACGCAGCAAAGAAACGCAGCUGCCUCAGACCGUUACUGAAGAUCCUUGAUAUACACGCUAGGCAGAUCAACAGAGGAACACAUGUUGCAAAGAUGUGGUCUAAACUCGUCACUGGGGCAUAUGCAAAUGUACGAAUGUCUGCAGCUGAUAAUGGAGUCCCGGUACUGGUCUGCGAUCCGGUGGCCUUAUUUCUACUCUUUGUCUUCAGUAUACCACAGCCUAUAGAGAAAGCAUUGUUCCAGUGUAUUGUGAGUACUGUCUACCACCUGGUUUAUGUCCAAGCCUUGGCCUCCCUGAGCUGUAGGCUGCCCGAGUCGGAGAGGAGAGCCUGGCAGAGCAGCGGCAGACCCUUAAAGUCUGAGAAGAAGGAGAAAGAUAUUGGAAUGGCUUGGUUGUUAAGUGACGUCAUCUCACAGCUCAGUCAAACCAAUCUCUACCAACACGCAGACUUUGUCUCUAGUUCUUCCUUUCAGUUGUACCAAGCUGUGUGGUCACCAAAAACUGUCGAGGCUGCUCUAGUUCACCAGUGCCUCCCAUGGUUGAGGAUCGUUGCUUUGGUCCAACACUACCUGUUUGACGAAGAUUUGCCAGUGUGUGAGAAUCCGGAGGAUGAGUUUCGUACCCUGGCAGCGUUCCUGUGCCUUACCGACCCUGACCAGGCCCAGAGCUCAUCUGGUUUGCUGUCAGCUCAGUGCUUCAAGCCCCCAGCUAGACGAGAGCCUACGUCCAUCAUAACAGCACUCUGUAGUCCGUACUGCGAGUUUGUGAAGAGGUCCCACACAGCAGCAAAGGAUCUCCUGAUGGCUAGUCCCACCUACUACCUUCCGCGUCUGCUCCAGCUGCCUCAAGACUACAAUGCCCUCUUCAAACGCUACAACCAGCAGGUGUGUACCAUGUGCAAGAAGAAGCCGGACAGGCCCCUGGUGUGUCUGAUCUGCGGCAAGCUGGUCUGCUGGGGAGCCACCUGCUGCAAGGGACAGGUGAAGGAGAAGGACGUGGGAGAAGGUAUCAAGCAUGCUUAUUACUGUGGGAAAGGAACUGCCAUCUACUUGGACAUCAAUUCCUCAACAAUGUUGCUGAUCAGAGGCGAUAGAAAAUGCACAUGGGUUUCUCUCUACCUGGACAGCCAUGGUGAAGAAGACAUUGAUCUCAAGAGAGGCAAGCCACUCUUCCUUUGUGAACAGAGACACACCCUCCUGGAGAGACUGUGGAGGAGCCACGCCCUGGAUCACAACUGCAAGAAGUGGGAGUGGCACCACGGUGGGCUGGACAGGAGAAGGGGAUUCCCCCUGAGCUUUCCCUUCUAGCCACUGCCAUGUGGAGGGGAUUCCUCCCCCCACCCUCAAGUGUCUGCCAAGUAGAAAUGAACACGUGGAGGGAAUUUCCCCUCGGGAUUCUUGAGCUGGACGUAUGGAAUACACCAUGAGCCACAUGGACAAAACUUGCCGUUUUGUACCCCUUUUGUUGGCCGUUUCAUGUACUAAAGCGUAUGAAGAAAAUUACAUGUAUAUGGCAAGGCUCCACACUAACUUUUUUUCUUGGCAGCCCGAUCAGUCUACCAAAAUCAUCAAUUCAUAUAUUUUGUGGUCCUAAAACAAUAGAAAACAUUACAAUUUAUAAAAAUCUUUGGAAGCCCAACCGGGCCACUAAGUGUGGGCUUUGACAGAAUUUUGGUGGCCCGACCCUCAUUUUUGGUUGCCCCGGGCCACUGUUAAUGUCGAGCCCUGCAUAUGGACAGUUUACUUUUUUUGUAGUCUUUUUUUAAAAGGGCUACAAAACAGCUGUACAUAUGUAGAGAAAGGGCUACAAGAGGGCCAGUUGCUCACUAUGAUAGAACCACUACCAAAGGUCUCAGAUGAGCUCUAAGAAUCGUUUGGAUGAUUUUCAGAUGACUAAAGGAAAGGAUACAAGUUUGGCAUAGACUCUGACGGUAGCGACUUGAAGCGACACAGGGAUGUGGAGCAUUUGGGAAAGGUAUCUUAUCAAAUGUCUUUGCUGCAUUUUUUUUUAACAGGAAUCCCGUUACGAGGGUGCUCUGCAACUUUGCAUUCGCAACAAAACAAAAAUGCGGCACUGACUUUUUUUCAAGGUGCCUGAUGAAUCCCCUUAAAUAUCUGUUUGCACUAUGCGAGGAAGGAGAUCACUUUUAUUCAGUGGUGCUAAAAAUUUGGUGAACCCCACCAGAUAUUGAACAUAUUAAAAUGUGUUCAAGUUCUGCUAUCCUUGAUUGUGAAGUCAGAUGAUAUCACAUUCUACAGAGUCUGUUUUUCGAGGCUUGCCGGACAUUGUAGUGUUGUUGUCUACAUUUAACACUCAGCAUGAAGGAGUUCACUAAAUUUUUAGCACCACUCACUGUAAUUUCCUAAAAAAGAUGACUCUUCACAGAGAGAGAGAAAAAGAGGAAGAUCAUUCAGAAGAAGACAUAUAAUGCAGCUGAAGUGGAAAAUAGUUUGAUUAGGGUCUGGUACGCAUCAGAUGGAUAAAUACAUCGGGGUCCCAAAUGUACUGCUUUAAAGUUAAUGUAGAGAGUGGAUCACCAACCAUGUUGUGUACAGACAUCUAUGGGAACCUGGGGUCGUUAACGCAAAACUUAGCAGUCAUCGCAGAACAAUGUCUGUAUGAUUGAUUGCAUUGACUACAGUGUACAAUCAAUCAUAAACAUCAAGUGUAUAAUCAAUCACUAACUGUUGUAUUACAUGAUCCUGGUCCUAGGAGCAUUGUUAUCAUAGACGAGAUGUUUUUUUAAUGUUCAUAAACGUUUCCAAAGUGACUAAAAUGUUUUGAAUACAUUUUGUGAUGGACAGCCCUUAAAUUUCAAUAUUUUUAAAGCAAGGCCACUGCUUUGUAGGGCUCAUAUGAGCGGUUCCAUUAAGUCUGUACGUCCGGCCACCUAUUUUUGAAAACCUGAAAUGAGAAAGCUGAUAAUGAAGAGGUGCACUCUAUUGCCAUUAUCGAUGUGCAUGUUAAAAAUCGUCAGUUAUGAAAUAUUCAUAGAUAUUUAUCGCCAUGAGACAAGAUAUAUUUAAUUAUGAUUGUUAUUUGCUUGAAGAAAAAAAUACAUUUUGGGCAAACUUUCAUGUGGAAAUAGAAGUACCCUAAAAAUAUUCACAUACAUCUUCAUUAAUUGAGAGACUUUGUUUAUGUAGAUUAUUUAUUGUGCAGAAUGAAAUAAAUGAUUGUAAGGAUUGUUUAUAUUUUAUAGAUGUAUUAUUCCUUUUUCUGCUGAAUUUAAUGCCAGUAGGAUGUACAUGUAUAGUAUACAGAGUUUAUCACAGUGACUUUAUCAAUUCAACCCCAAAAAAAAUCAUGCGUCGAAGUACAAUACGCAUGGGAUAGUUUACUAGUUACCAGGGCCCCGUCACUUAAAGAGCAGCUCACACUAUGCGAUUCGUUGCGACGCGAUUCUUUGAUAAAUCACAUUUUGCGUGAAAUGUAAAAGUCCCAAGAAGUGAGAUUAUUUCAUUUGAAGUUCGGCAUAAUGUGAGGAAUAAUAAAAUCAUAAUUUGCUUAGCGGCAAGCUCUGCGGUCGGAGUAAAGUCCAAAUCGCCUUCAAGUUGCAGUCGAUGGUCACGUCAUCACGAUUUGGAUUUGAAUUUGUUUUUAUUCCUACAGGGAGGCUCAAACUAGACUGAAUUUCGAUUUCCGUAGUCCAACCACCGAACGCUAAUAUUUCAUUGGUUGGAAUGUUCGUAUCAAAUGUUAUUUCUUUGAAAUUUGGAUCGCAACGAGUCGCAUAGUGUGAGCCGGGCUUUAGACUUAGCGAUUGAUUGUGGAGCUACUUUGUACAAUUAAUUGCAUUGAUUAUGUUGUAUGAUCAGUCGCUAAAAUCUACCCCUCAAUCAAUCGCUAAGCUUUAUGUAAUGUGCCCAUAUGUCUUUAUGUUUACAUUUUUACUGAUGCAGGGUUCCCACAGUCAUGGAAAAUCCUGGAAAAAUUUGUGGUCAUCGAAAGUCAGGGAAUUUGGAAUAUUUGUGAAAAGGCAUGGAAAAGUCAUGGAAUUGCAUUUACCUCUUGGCUAUGGCAGCUUUCCAGUUUGUCGUGUCUCGCAACUCUCAUACUCUGAUCAUACUCUGCUAUUUUCAUUGGUGUUCAUGAUUUCUAUUUUUCCCAGUUUUGUGACAUCCCAAAUAAAUUCUACAUUACUCCCGGGAUGUCACGGGAAGUCAUGGAAAGCAGCAAUUUUGUCGUGGAAAAGUCAUGGAAUUCUGUUUUCAAAUUUCUGUGGGAACCCUGCACACGAUGCCAUCUUACGCAAAUUGUGUUAUUUUAAUAAUAAUAAUAAUUAACAUCAUUUAUAUAGCGCUUAUCACAAAGAAUGUCUCUAAGCGCUUAAGGAAAAUACAUACAUUGUAGGAAGACAAGAAAUUUCAGCUAAAAUCAAAUUAUACAUGUUAACAGUUGAAAGUAGACAGUUGAAGCCGCAUAUGCUAAGGAUGAUCUAUUUAACGAAAAGAUGAGUUUUUAACAUAGAUUUGAAUUUGUCAGUUGAGUCUGCUUGUUUUAUGCUCUGAGGAAGGUUGUUCCAAAGUUGAGGGGAUGCUGAACAGAAAGAUCGGGAACCAUAAGACUGGGUGUUGAUGGCAGGAACUUUUAAGAGUGAUUUUUUGCAUGAGCGCAAGUUGCGGGAGGGUGAGUAUUCUGAUAUUAAUUGUUGAAGGUAGACUGGAGCUGAUUUUAUCAAACAUUGGAAAGUAAGCAAGAGGAUCUUAAAAUCAAUUCGUUCACGAACCCUUAGCAUAUGAAGCUCCUUUAGCAGUGGAGUGACAUAAUCGAUACGAAAUAUGAAUGUCUAUACCUGCAACAUGAUCCUAUGCAGAAAAGUAAAUGGGAACUUGUUUUUCGUGUUUUAGUAUAAAUAAUGAAAUAAGUUGGAUUUGUAUCGUGCCAAAUCCACUCUAUAGAGUGUAGUAGGUAACAAUUUCAUUCAUUCAUAUGCAUUCAUUUCGUUCAUAUAUUAAAAAUAACAUUUACAAACAUAUUGGAAUAUACGAGAAAUAGAAAUAAUUCAUCAAACGAGGAGACAGCUUAGAAGGCAGAGAAGCCUUAUUGGUGCUGCCACCGAUAGAACAAAAUACAAAUUUAUACACAAAAAACUUACAAUAUACAACACCUAAAAAAGCUAAAUACGUAACAUUAACAGAGAAGUGGAAGUGGAGAAUCGUAAGGGGUAUUAUCUUGACGGGGUGUUGCGUUUAAUUAAUGAAUUGCAGUACUGCGGAGAAGAAUCAUGCACUCACUAUAAAGUCAACAACAUUUUGAAUAUAAUCUCUAAGUUUGACAUAUUCCAUUGAAGUUUGUUUAUAUCCAGCAAGUGUUAUUUUCGCAAUUAUUCAAUUGAAUUGCAUAAUCGAAUAAUUGUAUUCCUUCUUGCAAUGCGACGAAAGAGCAAAGUGGAGACAUAGUAAGAAUUUUAUUUGCAAUUUGUCAGCCACUGAGCUUUCCAAAUUCCUGCAUUUGAUUGGGCAAGCACAGAUUUGUUUAUGGAAACCAGACCCUCAAUACUACCCUGUAUCAAUUAAACUGCAAAAAAAGAAACAAUAAUGAAUGCCUGUAUCAAAUGUUCCCCUAAUAAUGAUACGAGUUAUUUUUAUGAGGUUCCCAAGACAUGGGACCCGUUUCAUAAAACUUGUUAUAAUAACAAAUGUGCAAUCAUAGUUUAAAGCUACUGAUAUCCUUCAAUCUGAUUGGCUGAUAGUAAACUGGUUAUAACUGGUUAAAAUAAUAUUAUUAUUAUGCAGAAAAACAAGGACGUUUGCAUCCCACUGGCUACCCAUUUAACACCCGAGUGGGCAGUGGCUACGCAUUAAAAGACUGAUAUCUUGCAAAAGGACACUAGUGCUGCUGUGGGGUUGGAUUGGAACACACGACCCUCUAAUUAAAAAACGAGAGUAUCUCAACCACUACACCACAAUGCUUCCAACUGAAACCUGUAUCAAAACCCUGUGAAUAGUCAUUGCCAUAUUGUUUUGAAUACCCCCUAUAAGGAUUGGUAUAAUUAUAUUUACCUCUUAUUCUUUGAUAUGAUAUUAGUUUAUUGCUUGGGAAAUUGGUAAAAUUUGUAAUAUUUAUUGGAAUAUUACCAUUUCAUUAUCAAUAUUAUGGAAUUGGAGUGUCAUCUUUAGUAUUUAGGGUUUUUUUAUGAUCCCAGUUAAAUUAACUUCUUAAUUCUGACAUAUUUUAAGGUUAUAGUUUACUGCUUGUGAUAUUGCAAAGAAAGCAAUAUCAGGAAAUAUGUUUCAUGAGCUAUGAGUUUCAAAUGCCCAGUUUUCAUGCCUUAUUUCCCCACUCCUUUUCUAAUUAUACAUGUAAUAAAUGAUAUGAAACAUUUAUAUCUAGCUCUUAAUACAAUAUUUCUAAGCGUACAUACUUCUACCUUCACCCUAGCAUGUCUACCCUGCUCGGGUGCUCAAGCAUUCAAGGAAUUCUUUCUUGUUUGCUACACCUUGGUGGAGAGUGGCAAAUGUAGAUAAACGCCUUGCCAAAGGAUUCAAGUGCUGCGAUGGGAUUUGAACCCUGGAUCUUGUGGUCUACAGUCCGCAGACUUGUCCCCUGGGCCACAACACCUUGUUUCUGCUCUCAAGAUAUAACAUACACUUUCAUACACAACUCUAGCUUUUUAUUCCUUCCUGUAUGAGUAGGAAUUGUAGAUUGUGUUCAUAUGUGAUGCAUACAUGUAUCAGGGGCUAUUUUACUGUAAUACUAUGAUUUUAUCUAAUGUUUACCUAUAAAAUCACAAUUCAUGUAUUUCUGCAAAUGGAAUGUUCAUUCUUUUGAUGUGUGACAAGAAUUUUUCUUUUCUGUUUUUUUAGUAUCACAUGAGAAUAUAUAGACUUGCAUAUCUUUUUUUUGAAAACUAAGGAGGAAUAUCUUUGUUGUCACUGAACAUACACCAAAUUUGUGUAAGAAUUCAUGGAAAUGAAAAGGGAAUGCAAUGAAGGACUUUUAGUAUUUCUUUGAGGAAUUUUUUUUCAGCUGGUGUGUGGCUUUUAUAUUUGUUAUUCUCCAGCUAACAUAUUCUGUUAUCAGUUCUAUGAAGAAAAAAAGAAAUGCAGGUAUAAGUUUACAGAAUGCAUUGAAAUUCUCUCAUCUAUUUACUUUUCUUUGUCAAUUAUGGGAAUUAUUUGUGUUAUUUGGAAAAAGAAAGAACAAAGUUUUACAAAUGGCAAUAUGUACUUUAUAGAAAUCAGUACACGUUUAGAAAGACAUUUAUAUGAUACGCUCGAGAAAUAAAAACUGAUGAAAGAUA